AUGGCUUCUCAGGGACUCCAGAUUCUCGGCGUCUUGCUCGCGUUCGUCGGCUGGAUAGGCACGAUCAUAACUUGCGCUAUGCCAAUGUGGCGGGUGACCGCUUUUGUCGGGGCCAACAUCGUGACGGCUCAGGUGAUCUGGGAAGGCUUGUGGAUGAACUGUGUCGUCCAAAGUACCGGUCAAAUGCAGUGCAAGGUGUACGACUCCAUGCUAGCGCUACAGCAGGACCUCCAGGCCGCCAGAGCCAUGGUGAUCAUCUCCAUCAUCGUGGGCAUUUUCGGAGUCCUCAUGGCGAUCGUCGGAGGGAAAUGCACCAACUGUAUGGAAGAUGAGGCGUCGAAAGCAAAAACGUGUAUUGUCUCUGGGAUUAUCUUCAUCAUUGCGGCCUUUCUGAUUAUAAUCCCGGUGUCGUGGUCGGCGCACUCGGUGAUAAGAGAUUUUUACAACCCGCUUUUGAUGUCGGCACAGAGGAGAGAGCUGGGGGCUUCGCUGUAUAUCGGAUGGGGAGCGGCCGGACUGCAGCUGCUGGGAGGAGGCUUGCUCUGCAACAACUGCCCCGCUAAAGAUGGCCGCCCUUACAUGCCCGCCAAGUUCAUACCGGCCAGGAGCAUCUCCAACUCCAACGCGGACUAUGUGUGA